AUGUGGCAGCUACCACCACUCGACUUUCUCCUGCCCUUUCACCACGACGCCAUGCCACCGCAGGAAUAUUUUGUACCAGACUUGGGAUUCUCUCCCACACCGUCCGAUUCGUCCACCAUCUCUGGAGACUCGGAACCAUCACCUGCCCCAGAAUUUACGCACGUUGUGUGCAAUGCACCUCUAGUGGCGCCCGUGCCACUUCCGUACCAUUCACCUACCUUCCUCCGGUAUGAAGACCUCCCCGACGAAGACGAGGAUCUCUCGCACCCACCCUACACUCGCCGGCCGCAGAAGCGGAAGCGUGAGGAUGCCGGAGUUGACUUACAGGAUUCUGUCCCUCCGACGAAGCGGCGAUCGAUAGUCGCCGACUUUUCUCGCCUGCAGUGUGGGUCACGACAUCCUCUCGCGCGCAACGUUCAGGUGCGCGGACCGCCUGCAAGCGGCUUGCGGCAGGGCAGACCACGGUAG